AUGGAGGAGGAGCUGGCGUGGGAGACUGACGGCCUGCUUCCUCUGGAGAGGCACCUCCACGAGGCUGCCCGCUGCAACAACGUCGGGAGGAUGAAGAAGCUGAUUGAGAGGAGAGUUAACGUCCGGGCCAGAAACCACGUGGGCAGGGUGGCGCUGCACUGGGCCGCAGGUGCAGGCCACGAGGAGGCUGUGCGGCUGCUCUUGGAGCAUGGGGCUGCGGCGGACGAUGAGGAUGCGGUAUGAACCCCUUAGCAGGCGUGCAUGCCUCUGUGUGCCUGUUUUGGAAUGAACGCGCUUCUCCUGUCUGCCUGGUUCGGUCACUUACGGGUCCUCCAGAUCCUGGUCAACUCGGGGGCCAAGAUCCACUGUGAGAACAAGGACGGCCUGACCUUACUGCACUGUGCAGCCCAAAAAGGCCACGUGCUGGUGCUGGCCUACAUCAUGGAAGACCUGGAGAACGUGGCCCUGGACCGUGCCGACAAGCUGGGGAGGACCGCAUUUCACUGGGCCGCUGAGCGCGGGCAGCUGGAUGCUCUGGACUUCCUCGUGGGCUCUGGCUGUGACCACAGUGUCAAAGACAAGGAGGGGAACACAGCCCUUCACCUGGCUGCCAGUAGGGGCCACAUAUCUGUGCUGCAGAGACUGGUGGACCUCGGACUGGAUCUGGAGGAGCAGAAUGCGGAGGGUCUGACAGCCCUGCACUCAGCUGCUGAAGGGACCCACCCUGACUGCGUGCAGAUCCUCCUCAGGGCUGGAAGCUGUGUGAACGCCCUCACCCAGAAAAAGCUGAGCUGCCUUCACUAUGCGGCCCUCAGUGGUUCGGAGGAUGUGGCCCGGGCCCUCAUCCAUGCUGGAGGCUGUACCAACGUGGCUGAUCAGCAGGGUGCCUCUCCCAUACAUCUCGCAGUGAGGCACAACUUCCCAGCCCUGGUUCGGCUCCUCAUCGACACGCACAGUGACCUGGACGCUGUGGACAAUAGGCAGCAGACACCCCUGCACCUCGCUGCGGAGCACGCCUGGCAGGAUAUAGUGGAGAUGUUCCUCGUCGCUGGGGUUAACUUAAGCCUGAGAGAUAAGCAAGGGAAAACUGCCCUAGCGGUGGCCGCCCGCAGCAACCACGUCAGCCUGGUGGACAUGAUCAUAAAAGCCGAUCGGUUCUACCGAUGGCAGAAGGACCACCUCUCAUGCAAGGACUCCAGUGACCUUCCUGGGAAGAGCUUGACCUUUAAGCCGGACCAUCGGCAGGAGACGCAGCAGCUUCGCUCUCUGCUGUGGCAACUGGCCUCCAGGUACCUGCAUCCCUACGAGUGGAAGAAGCUCGCGUAUUCCUGGGAGUUCACUGAGGCCCACAUCCAUGCCAUUGAGCAGCAGUGGACAGGCACCAAGAGUUUCCAGGAGCACGGCCAUCGGAUGCUGCUCAUCUGGUUGCAUGGUGUGGGCACAGCCGGCGAGAACCCCAGCAAAGUGCUGUUUGAGGGCCUUGUGGCCAUUGGCAGGAGGGACCUGGCUGAAAGCAUCAGAAAGAAAGUAAAUGCAGACCCCGGAGCCCCCAGGAGAUGCACAGCCAUGUAA